AUUGGAUUGAACAAAUGAGACGUGCGAUACCUCCAAUUCAAUUUUACUCUAUUUUUGCGUUACAACUUGUUUGAACUUAAUUAUACCUAAAAACGAAAACAACCACCUUGAACAACUUGAAGGAGAUGCAUAAGAUUCGAUAAGAAGAGGUGCAGCUUGUGGCAGACAGUUCGUUGCUUAUCAGUUUGAGUAUGACUCAAAAUUGAGAUGUCUGGACAUGAAAGAUCAAUUAGAUAAGCUCAAUAAUGAUGUAGCUCGUUCUACUCCUGACUCUGCUCCUGACUCUGAACAACAAAAUGUAAAAAAGAAGAUAGUUCUGUUGCUACUGUUGUCGAAAGAAAGGCUCUUGAAUAAUGCGAAAGGUUUUAAUUCCAUUUUGGGUGCUAGCUUUAAUUUUCCAAGCUAUUUACAAAUCAAAAAUGGGUUGAAUCAAGAAAACAAUACCGAUCCGUUGGAUAAGAUACCACUGGAUAUGAUAAAAUCAGAUCUAUCUUACAGCCACUAUUUCAGGCAUAUCGACAGAACAAGACGCUUGAUAUCAAUUGGAUGAAAAUGUACAAAAAGGCUAAAAAACUGGAAAAGCACUACAACCCUGCGUUCAGCCAAAAUAUACCAACAUCAACUUCUGUAUCUUCUUUGUUA